CCACAGUUCAUGCCUACUCUGGUUGAAUAGAUCAUCAAAAGGAGCCAGCGAGAGAGAGACUAGUCUAUAAUUGUUAACAUGUCUAGUGGAGGAGCUCGUGGAGAAGUGGCUAGCAGAGAUCAAAUCCUGGUGGAUGGGUAUCUGAAGCGAAGGGAAGCAGGGACACUCGUGUACAGGUGGAGACACAGAUAUGUUGUUUUUAAGGUGUCAACGUCAGGAAAGUUAACGUUUACCGUCUUCAAGGACAAGCCGCCCACUCCUUCUAACGAGUUAUACGAACUACCAAUAGAGGAUUAUGGAGGGACUGACUCUAACGUUAAGAUUGACGGAGAGAAGAACGUCUUUGCCAUUUUACUAACCGACUCAACUGAAUGCUUUGCUACUGAGUCAGUUAAUGACUUGAAGAGGUGGACAAGAGUUUUGAAUGAAUAUCUUGGAAAAGAGCUUGUUCUCAGUAUAAAUGUUCCACACAAGCAGAAUAUACUCAAGCAGGGACGGGCAUUUAUUAGAAUAAGGAACAAUGGGUUUACCAUCAGUACAGCAGACACACCCCCUAGGUGCCAGGGGUCGUGGCAGAUACUCCAUAUAAGGAAAUUUGGAGGAAGCAAGUCGUUCAAAUUUGAGACGGGUUCAAAGUGUCCAUUAGGUGAGUCGACUUACGAAUUAGAAACUGAUGAACUUGAUAAGAUAAAGUCCGUCUUCACCGACCUCUCCAUGCACAAGCCGAUAUUCAUUGAUGACAGAACUGGACGAAGGAUGACCACAGAACACGGCAAACUGUCCCUCAUUCGAGAACACAUGAACAACAUGGUCGGAGGGCAUCCUCAGGUCAACUCAAGGCGGAGCCUUCAAGGGCGUGGCCAAAAAUACGAGAACUUCUCGUCUCAACGUCCUUCGUUUGAGAGAGGGCAGUCCCUCCAUCAGCUGCAUGAGAACAGAUAUCGUUCCAAUGCAAUAAUCAGAGAGGCUGAGAGAGAACUAAACUUUCAAACGCUUCCAUUACCACACAAGAGGCCACCACACCCCCUGCCUAAUGAUCCUGAUAAUGUUCAUUAUUAUAAUUUUAGAGCUAUCGAACAGUUUGCUCCUCCUCCUGUACCUCCUCCUUUUCAAAGAGCUGGCUCGGACCCGCCACAAGAACGACACCUCUAUCACAAUCACACUCCGUUUGAGAGCUUACCUGCUCGUAGGAGAAAAGACAGUUGUGAUGAAUCGGAUGAAGAAGAUUUUGUUGACAUGAAGCAUAUGGUCAAUGGUCAUCCAUCUUAUUCCAAUGGAGCCAAUAUUUAUGCUAAUUCAUCAAAUGAGGAUUCACUGUAUGUCAAUGGCCACGCCCACCACUCUAAUACCCAUGAUCCUGUGCUCUAUGCUAAUGGGGCUCAUGUUAGUGACCACACCCACUUUGGAAAUGACCACACCCACCAAUCUGAUAGUUUGUAUUAUAAUGUUGCAAUACAGAACGAGACUGAAGACCACGCCCAUCAAUUAUCGUACGAGAAUGUUACUCCAACUCAAUCACUCCAUUCAAAGCCAGUAAGUAGGUUAGUUAAAGUUAAUGGUGAUACAGCUCAUCAUAGCAUUCAAGAUGGUGACACUACCACUGCUGCUGCUGCUGAUGAUGAUGAUGAAGGAUCUCAUUUAUACUUUAACGUACCAAUUAGAAGUGAACUUAAACAUUCUUCUUCUGUCGAGUGUUUUCACAUACCUAAAGCUCCUUCAGUGAAUAAGUCAGCCCCGCCCCCUCCGGUUGCUAGGAAACGACUCAACUCCUCCUCCUCCUUCCCUAACCUCUGUGAGCUAGUGGAACAGAGAGACACUGAUGAAGCCAAAUCUCCGACUGAUGGCAAAUUUAAAAGUUCUGAAAAUAUCACAAUAGCCAAGACACGCCCCCAGCUGUAUGAUCGCUUAGCCCCUGCCAAUGGAAGUUCUGAAAAAUUGAAAUUUUCUCCGCCAAAAGAUCAUAGCCAUUCACCUCCGCCGAGUGUAUCUUUAAAAGGAGCUGCACAGGCUCCGCCCCCUCCUCCACCAGUGGUGUGGAACAGACGCCCACACACUUAUGAAGAUGUUGAGUUGGACGAGGAAGAUGGGUGGGGUUCACUCUCGUCUCCCUCUGAAGUAUCAGUAGAUGAGGAGGCCACUGAUCCUUAUAAACGGAAAGUAUCUUUACUAGGACACGAGCACUCGUAUGAAUAUGUACAAGUGCAGAAAUCUAAUAAACAACAAGAGCCACACCCCCAGCCCCACCCCUCCUCUUCUCCUCCGGAACCACAGCUGCGUAAGGUUCCUUCUCCCUCUCGCUCUAUUUCUCCUCGCGGUAACCGGGCAACCAUUUUAAAAUCACGCCCACCAUUACCAAUGCAGAAAGAAAGAGCAGCUGAGUCUGAUGCCACACCUACAAGAGACGCCCAGCACAGGCAGUCUGCUCCAGAGACUCAGUCCUUAUCAACCGCUGGGCCUCAGCCUAAGAAACCAAUCCCACCUCCUCGUAAACCCAGUGACCCUAAUCUUAAGAAGCCUCGUGUUAGUAUUGAUAAAGAGUUGGUUGAACUCUCAGCUAACGGCUCUAAGAGUCCCUCCCACAGAGUCCACAAGAACCCUCUCUCUCCGGAGCAUAAAGCAAAGCCUAGUCACCCGCCCAGACCUCCCAAACCAGACUGGAUCAAAAACCCUCAAACUAGCGCCCAAGCUGAGCUUCCUGCCCCACCAGUGACCAGUUAUAGAUCAAAGAUACUCCACGGGUUACCUCACCAGUCUUCUGUUCCAGCUGAUACCAGCAGACUCAAGAAAGAGGAGGGGAGGAAGCCAGCAGUGCCUCCUAAAAGAAGGGACUCUAGAGAUGACUGGGUGACUGAUAUGAACUACAUUCCUGUCAUUCUUCCAGAAGAAUCUAAGCUAAAGCCACAUGAGAUCGGAACUGGCAAGUUCCAAAUCAAACGUGUUCUUCCUAACGAUAUUUCUGUUAACUAUUCUGACGUGGAUCAUUUUCUGACCCACCAGAUCAAGGAACUGAGAGAAGAGAGGGAAAUUGAGAAAGGCCUUGCUAGCACGUAAUGCUGUUGUUGCUAUUGUUCUUGUAUUGUAUAUUUUAACACAGUCUCUUUUGGUGUAUUUUUAAUAUUAAUAAUAAUUGUAUUUUUAUAUCUGUUAUGACUGCUAAUCACUGCUUCAUUAUUGUUAUUAUUAUUAUUGUUAAGUAUUUUUGUUUAUUUUCUCUUGCAGUGCAAGUAUAUGAAA